AUGCUACUUGUACGAUAUGGAAGAAGUGGAGGGGUCGAGAAUGUCUCUGUGUUAUUGGAUGAGGACACAAUCAUGGUCUCUUCAGCGAAGCUUAUAGUGAACUUGAUAUUACCCGAAGAGAUGUGCAAGUCCAUCUUCCCUUUAAAGUCGGAAAACGAAGCCAUGGCAUACGCAGAACCUAUCUCGACAUUAUUGGUGACGAUUGAAGCGUGUAAUUGGUUGAUGAACCAAGUAGCCUAUGCCUAUGAUUUCGAUGAGCUAUUCAGAAAGUCUUUAUCGGCUUCGACAUUUUUCUUAGGGUUGUUCUAUUGA